AUGUAUCUGCAAUUUCAAGUUAUGACUGAAGAAAGUAUCAUUCAAGCUUCGGGAUGCGUCAGCGCUUUGACUCUUGCUGUUAUUCACAACUUCAAGUGUCGUAAUCUGGAUUAUUCAAAUGUGAGUAAGCCAUUUAUCAGUUAUUGGCAGGAUGAGAAGGAUUUGACUGAUGUUGUGAAGCAGUUUGAGAUCAACAUGGAUUUUAUUCUGCCGGUGAAGCGUGAAAAACAGAAGGUUGAGUUUAAAACUCCCAGUGUUAGUGUUGCUAGUAGGAAGUCUGGUUCUCCUAUAAUUAAGGUGGUUGAGGGUCCAUCACCUUCAACUAGGCAGCUUAUCAUGGAUCUUCCUCAUAGUUUGAUGACUGAUGAGGAAAUAGAUGCUCUUGGUGUUCCUGAAUAUGUGAAGAACAUGCACAAGUUGAAGAGGAAUGCGCUUGCAUUCUGUCAAGUUAAUUUGGAGAUUGCCCAGAAUAUUCGUGAGGAAGGCGAGAAGCUGUCUCAAGACAGUAUUUCUCUGGAUGAUAGUGAAGUAUUUAACCCAGAUUUUCUGAGUCAAAUUGACGACAUAUGCAAGCGUCAUUUGGAAGCGAAAGACAGUGCAAACAAAGUUGAUCCUACAAUUUCACUAUUGGUGAAGCGGCCUGUUGAAUUGGAGAUUGGAAGAAUUGAAAAUGUUCCUGAUUUGGAUUCUGGUGUUCAUGGAGUUGAUUUGAAAGAAGGAAAUGAUGAAAAAGAAGGAGAGGAGGAUGAGAAGAAGAUGAAUGCUGAUGAUGAUCAGCAUAAAGAAGAUGAUGAUGAUGAUGAUGAUGAUGGUGAUGAUAAGGAUCACCAGAAUCAUAAUGAGAGAAAGGAUGAUGAUGCUGAUGAUAAUGGUGAUCCUGGUCUUCAAGGAGAUGAAGACAAAGGAGUAGAUAAGGAUGCUGAUCUUCAUGUAGAUGAAGACAAAGGAGGAGAUAAUGGUGAUCCUGGUCUUCAAGGAGAUGAAGACAAAGUAGGAGAUAAGGAUGCUGGUCUUCAUGGAGAUGGAGAGGAAGAUAAUGAGAAAGAACCGAAGGAAGAUGGUAAGAAGAAGACUGGCAAUGCUGAUGAUGAUUGUGGUCUUCAAGGAGAUAAAGAGGAAGGAGGAAAUAAGGAGUUGGAUGCUGGGGUUUAUACAGAAGGAGAGAAAGGAGGAAAUUUUGAGAAAGAACAACCAAAGGAAGCUGAUAGGAAGAGGAGGAAUGCUGAUGAUGAUCAAGUCAAAGGGGCUAAGGAUAAGGAUAAGUGUAAAAUUUCUACACACGUCCCUACUCGCACCGCUGCUGGUAUUGAUAUUGUUGAUCUUCGUACUCCAACUCCUCCUCCUCCUCCUCCUCCUGUUGUUGAAGCAGUUGAGAAUGUAUAUAGCAGAAAGUCUUGGAGAGUUGAUUCUUCUGCUAAAAAGAAAAACAUUGCUGAUUUCGAUGCCCCUUCAUUCCAACUAUUAACUCCUAGUCCUGUUGUUGAGGAUCUUCCAUACAGUGAAGAGAGUGGUGAGGGUGUUGGAAGUUCAAUUCCAAUCAUCACUCCAGUAAAUGUAAAAUAUCCUCGAUGUGAUGGCUCUUAUUCUGAUCAAUCAUCAUACAAAUCCUACAAACCUCAGAAACAAUCAAAGUCAGAAAUCCCUGCAACACCUGAAUUAUUGAAGGGGUGGGACUAUGACCCUUCUUCAGAGAAAGUUGGGAAAGUUGUGAGAGUUAAGGAACCAGGUGAUGAUUAUGACGAUGAAGGUUUGGAGGACCUGAUUGAUAGGAUUGCUGAUCAUGGAGUUGAAUCAUCAUCUGACAAGGCUAAAAAAGAAGAGGAUGAUAAUGAAGCUGGUGUUGUUUCAUCUUCUACGCCUGGUUUGCAUGCUGUUCCUGUCAACAACCAUGGCAUAAUAUUAUGUCGAAGUUUGCAGCAUUAUAAUAGAUAUUUGAGUGAUCUGUCUCCUGACCAGAGGUUGCUGGUUGAUUAUCUAUUUUACAAUGAGUAUGAAGAUGUUGCAUAUAUGUCAUUGGAUACAGAUUCUGAGGAAGUGAAGAUGAAAAAUGACAUUAUGCAAAGUGAACUUACAAGUGAUCUCAUUGUGGAUUUUGAUAAUCCUCAUAGCAACUAUGCGGUUCAGCUGUACAAAUUCGACUUAAUUAGCAUGCCUCGUCAAGGUUGGCUGACAAGUGGAGUUAUUGACGGAUGCGCUUUCAUGUUCAAUAGGCAAGAAGAGGAAUCACCUUCUGCAACAAGGAGAUUUUGGUUUAAUAUUAUGCCUUUUAACUAUAUCAAUUGGUUGUGUGCUGAGAAGGUAAAAAAGGUUCAGUUUGAGAGUGAGAUUGCUGAAAAUGAGAUUAUUUUGAAGAACCUGGAGGGCACUAGGCAGUAUGAUCAGAAGUUUAAGGAAUGGGAAGAAAACAAGAAAAAGCUUAUUACAAAAGAUGAUGAUUUAUUCUACAAGAAAUGUAAGGAAGCUAUUUCUUCAUGGGUGAAAUCAUUUCCACGCAAUGAUAUUCGAGAAGCUGAACUGAUUUUUGUUCCUGUUCACAAGGAUGAUCAUUAUACUGUCUUGGUGCUGAACAAGAAAGCAAAAAGGAUUGAAAAUAUUGACAAUCGUACAGACAUGAAGGACAUUGAUAGAUAUAAGCAUGAGGAAUUUAACGGUCUUACAUACUUUUGUCGUGCUUUUGAUUCUUUUAUGCAAGAGACUAUGAGGUGUCGUGAUUUUGAUCGUCUCCACCAUUGGCAAACAUCAACUCUUUACUUCCCUUGGAGAAGCAAGGACAACAAUUUUGAUUGUGGUGUCUAUGCAAUCAAAACCAUGGAGCUGUAUGACGGUCAUAAUACUAACCAUGCUGCACUUGUUGACCUGAAAAGGGCAGCCACCAAAAACCUUGAGCGGUGUAGGCUUGCUGUUCGUCUUGUGGACCAUCCUUUAAACAAACUGAGAGAGAAAGUGAAGCAUGACUGUUAUGUUUGGUCUGCAAAGAAACCUGAACUGAUGGCAAGACAGAAGAUAAGGAAGGAUAAAGAGGCUGUCCUAGAUAAAUUAGCAUUUAAUCGAUCAAAGAAGACGAAUAGAAAAGAAGCACACAUUUUACGGCGAAGGAGGGAUCAUGAGGCGAAAGUAGAAGAUGUGUUGAAUAAUAAUUUUGGAGACAAAGUGAAAAUAGAGCAACUGUUGAAAUUUCAUUAUUGUUAGGUGCCAAACUUUUUUUUUAUUAUUUUAUAAUGUACAGUAGAAAUAGAAACCAUUGAAUUUUGCAA